UUUGGUGAAUAAAUGGAUAAAAUUAAUGAAUGAAACUGCCCGUGACCCCGGGGUUGUUUGACUAUCGCCGACCACUUUGAAGCCGAAUCCUGACCGGGUCUCCCAACACCAAACAACAUUUCUCACCCCCAGCGAGACGAAACGAGCGGACAUCUCUCCGUGAUGCCCCACGCCGAGAUGAAGGUUACCGACUCGGAGGGUCCCUCUGUGACCCCUCACGCGGAGUUCGUUCACUGCCUGGGGGCCCCUACGCACGUCCUCAAGUACGGACGGACGCACAUGCGGGGCCCAGGAUACGAUGGGCAGGGACCCCCCCAGAUCCUCUUCAUGCUCAUUCCAGGAAACCCAGGUGUUAUGGAUUACUACAGAACCUUCAUGGCAGGACUCUACCAGGCGUUUAAAGGCCAAUACUCGGUAUGGGGUAUUAGUCACGCAGGGCACUGCGUUCCUCCUCCUGACCUGGAAGCUCAUCAAAAUGCGGAUGAGCACCCGGACGUGUUUGGCUUGGAUGGGCAAGUGGAGCACAAGAGGGCCUUCCUGCGAGAGCAUGUGGGGCCCGCAGUGAGGCUGGUUCUCAUCGGCCACUCCAUCGGCUGCCACAUCAUCCUGGAGAUUUUGAAAAGGGACCCACAGCUCAAGGUGAUAAAAUCUGUGCUGCUCUUCCCAACGAUUGAGAGGAUGGCAGAGUCUCCCAGUGGUCGAGUGAUGACCCCGAUCCUUUGCCGACUGCGGUACCUCGCGUACCCCCCUAUCCUCUGCCUCUCCUUCCUGCUCCCACUGCGAGCAAAGACCCUCCUGGCUAGUGUGGCCCUCUGGGCCAGUGGCCUCGGCCCCAAAACGGACCCCAACGCCGUCUCUGCAUCCCUGAACCUGUUCAGCGUUCACUGCGCGGCAAACAGCAUGUACAUGGCCAGCCAGGAGAUGUACCAGGUUACAGAAAGGGACAAUGUUACCAUUCAGGAGCAUCUUGACAAGCUUAUAUUUUACUACGGAAUGUCAGACCACUGGUGUCCUGUGGAAUACUACCACGACAUGAAGCGGGACUUCCCAGCGGGCGAUGUUCGGCUUUGCGAGAAGGGCAUCCGGCACGCAUUUGUGCUGGACUCCAGCCUGGAGGUGGCCCAGUUCGUGCACUCCUGGAUCAAGGAGGUCCUCGUGUGAGCCCACGUUUACACAGAGGCGGGGGAAGCCUGGGGGAGGUGGCAGAUGCCUUGCUAAAGCAAUUCUAAUACUUUUUUUCUGGAGAUGAGAAACUCAUCAGAUGGAAAGAUGGCAAUGUCACUCCUAAAACAAGCUUGUUGCAAGCAUGCUGUAAAUCAAAAGUUCCUUUAGAUUGACAUGCUAUGAGUUUCCACUGUCAAAGUGCACAGAAGUAGCAUGGUAACGCAUUCCACCAUUUAUGCACGUUAAUGUCCAUAUGUACAAGGCGUUGCCGGAAUGUCAAUGCUAUGAUAUAUGGUGCCAUAUAAUACCCAUGAGAUGUUGUCCGUUUUGCUAAAUAUGAUUAUUAGUUAAUUUUUCUUGUGACAAUAUUUAUAAAAUGUUAAAAGUUGAAAUGAUCAUUUGCUCAUGAGAAUUGAGGCAGUGUCCAUCUCCAGUUUACAGCUUGAGCCAGUGGUGGAAAUUACGCAUUCCUAUGGCAUGGGUAAAUGACCAAUGUGGAUCUUCUCUUGUGGUACUCAGAACAUACCAGGUGGUUCAGCCAUCUGGUAUGACAAACAACUUGGAGUUGUAAAUAAUUAGCUAUGAAAUCAACGAUUUCUUAAAUGUUUCCUGAAGUAAUUGAUAGCAUGGCAUAAUUUUUGCACUUAAUUUGUGCACUGACAGUGUGUGAAUUAUAGAUUGUAAAGUCGCAAUAAUUGGAAGAUUUGUUGCAGGCAUAUCAUGUGAACUGCUCGAAGAUCUUUCGAGUAAUCUUUAUUCGUAAUGGACAUACACCAAAGCACAAAAACCGUAAGAUAAAAGUGAAAAGUUUUUACCAAGCUAUGGGAAAAUUAUAUCUGGAUAAUUGUCGCAUCAUGAAUAUUAAUAUUGUACCAUGGAAAAUUACAUUGUGGCUACCCUCCUAAGUACUUGCAUACCUGCUGUUUGUAAUUAACAAAAGCACUUUUCAACCGAAAUGUUCCAAUAUUUAUACCAUAUUGUUCAAUGCAAAUAUUUCGUAUUUUAAAAAUGUUUUCAUUACUAUGAAUGUCUUAAGAUUUUAAUUAAAAUGAUUGUCGCAA